AUGGACUUCUCUGAUGCUUUCCGGAUUGUCAACUUGGCAGUGGGUGCCCUUAUGAUCGUUGGAGCUGGCUUCCAUUUCUCGUCGUCGAUUUCGCACAUUAUCGUCUCUGUGUACAUCAUCAUCUUUGGCGCUGCAACUGCGCUCCUCGAAUUCCAGAUUCCUCCACAAGUCGCCCGAUACGCCUCAUUCCUUUUUUCUUUCAUCGGCCGCGGAGUCUUCUACAUUUUCGUCGGGUCGCUCCUCAUUGAAACCGGAAUAAUGGACAUCAUCAUCGGAACCAUCGUCGGCGCUGUCGGUAUUGCAUACGUUGUCCUCGAAUUCAUGCCAUCCAUCGAGCCUCCUCAGAACAUGCGCGAAGCGGACGGAGGAUGGGGAGCUGAGCAGGUUUAA